UUUCAUCAUCAGAGUAUCAUUUUGAGGUUCUGAGGAAAAAUGGAGAAGGGAAGAAUGUUGUGUUGUUUUCUUUUGACUACUCUACAAAUAAUCAAUUGGGUUUCUCCUCAUCAGCAAGAGCAAAUCCCACAAGUUGUCCUGAAUCAAGAACAGGGUCUAGCCAAGAGCAAUGAAGGAAAGUUCAGAUUGCUAGCUAGGCUUGGGUCAAGGCCACCAAACUGUGAGCGCAAGUGUAGGGACUGCACUCCUUGUGUUGCUACUCAAAUUCCUGCAACCUCUGACAGGCUAGGGCCCGAGUUUACAAAUUAUGAGCCAGAAGGUUGGAAAUGCAAGUGUGGCUCCUCUUUCUUCAGCCCUUGAAAACUGCUCUAGGGUUUUUUUUUUCCCUUUGUAUGAUUGUGAAUAUCUAGCUUUAUGCAUCCCUUUUACUCUUUUUGCCUUCUGUGUAAUAGAAGGAAUUUGUGUGAAAUCAUAUGUGAUCAGUUGCUAAAUUGCUUUAUAAAGUUUUGUUCAGUGA